UAAACCCUUAAACCCUAAACCCCUGAAGUAAGUUCCCUCCUAAAACCCUCCACAUCCAUGGCCACCAAAGCUUGGAAUCAUCUUCUAACUUCUCUGCCACGGGUUUUCACCAGAAGAAGAUGUACAAUUCGUUCAUUUUGUAGCAGCCGACCUUCUGUCGAAUCCUCGACAAAGCUCCUUGAAACUUUCAAGGAGGAGUUCGAGAUUGGAAACAGCUUAAUUUCUUUCGAAACUGGUAAAAUUGCUCGCUUUGCUAAUGGCGCUGUUGUUAUGGCCAUGGACGAGACCAGAGUUCUUUCUACUGUUGCUUCUGCUAAAACGGAUGCUCCUCGUGAUUUCCUACCUCUCACUGUUGAUUACCAGGAGAAGCAAUAUGCUAAAGGUGUUAUUCCGAAUACUUUUAUGCGGAGAGAAGGUGCUCCUAAAGAACGUGAACUUUUGUGUGGUCGUUUAAUUGAUAGACCUAUUAGACCAUUGUUUCCUUCUGGUUUUUAUCAUGAAGUACAGGUAAUGGCAAAUGUUCUUUCCUCUGAUGGAAAACAAGAUCCUGAUGUCAUGGCAGCUAAUGCUACAUCUGCUGCACUAAUGUUAUCCGAUAUACCUUGGGGCGGCCCUAUUGGAAUGAUACGUAUCGGGAGGAUUGAUGGCCAAUUUAUCGUUAAUCCUACCAUGGAUGAGCUCAGCUUGAGUGAUCUUAACUUGGUAUAUGCUUGCACAAAGGAUAAAACCAUGAUGAUAGAUGUGCAAGCUCGUGAGAUAUCUGAAAAAGAUUUGAAGGUUGCCUUGAGGCUUGCACAUCCUGAGGCCGUUAAGUAUCUUGAUCCUCAAAUACGCUUGGCUUCUAAAGUUGGAAAACAAAAGAAGGAAUACAAAUUAUCUAUGAUGCCAGGAAGUACUAUGGAGAAGAUUAGAAACUUGUCUGAAUCCCGAAUUGAAGCAGUGUUUUCGGAUCCAACAUAUGGCAAGUUUGAACGUGGAGAGGCAUUAGACAUGAUUACUCGAGAUGUAAAGAAGGUCUUUGAAGAAGAUUGUGAUGAAGAAAGCUUAUCUAGUCUAUCCAAAGCAGUAGAUACUGUGAGGAAGCAGAUUGUUCGUCGAAGGAUUCUUCAAAAAGGUGCAAGGGUAGAUGGACGAAGCCUUGAUGAAGUGAGGCCCGUAUAUUGUGAAGCAGGCAACCUACCAGCUUUGCACGGUUCUUCGCUCUUCUCACGCGGUGAUACUCAGGUGCUUUGUACGGUCACACUUGGAGCACCUGGAGAUGCUCAACGUUUGGAAUCUAUAGUCGGCCCAUCAACUAAGCGAUUCAUGCUUCAUUAUAGCUUCCCUCCGUUUUCAAUCAAUGAAGUGGGGAAGCGAGCUGGCCUCAACAGGCGAGAAGUUGGGCAUGGUACACUUGCUGAGAAAGCUCUUCUUGCCGUAUUACCUCCAGAAACUGACUUCCCUUAUACUGUGCGCGUCAAUUCAGAAGUCAUGGCUUCGGAUGGCUCCACUUCAAUGGCUAGUGUCUGUGGAGGUAGUAUGGCUCUGAUGGAUGCUGGAAUUCAUGUAAGAGAACAUGUAGCAGGUGUAUCUGUAGGCCUCGUCAGUGAGAUUGACCCAAUUACUGGCGAGAUAUCAGAUUAUCGUAUACUGACAGAUAUCUUGGGGCUAGAAGAUCAUUUGGGAGAUAUGGACUUUAAAAUAGCCGGGACUCGUAAUGGAAUAACAGCGAUUCAGUUAGACAUAAAGCCUGCAGGAAUUCCACUGGAUAUAAUUUGUGAAAGCUUGGAGCCUGCUUUAAAAGGCCGUCUUCAAAUCCUUGAUCAUAUGGAGCGUGAGAUAAAUGCAGCCCGCACCGAUGAUGAUAGAAACUCCCCUCGAUUAGCCACCUUGAAGUACAACAAUGACUCUAUACGCCGUUUGGUUGGACCUCUGGGUGCCCUGAAAAGAGCGAUUGAAGUAGAAACAGGAGCACGGAUUUCUGUUGGUGAUGGCACUUUAACUAUACUUGCUAAAAAUCAGUCUAUAAUGAAUAAAGUACAGGAUAAGAUUGAUUUCAUCAUAGGUCGUGAAAUUGAAGUUGGAGGGAUUUACAAAGGUAUUGUGUCAUCAAUUAAAGAAUUUGGCGCUUUUGUCGAGUUUAAUGGAGGACAACAAGGUCUUCUUCAUAGGUCGGAGUUGUCUCAUGAACCUAUCUCUCAAGUUUCAGAUGUAGUGUCUAUUGGUCAGCAGCUUUCUUUGAUGUGUAUAGGACAGGAUAAUCGUGGUAAUAUUAAACUAUCCCUUAAAGCGACCAUUAAAAACCGUUCUGCUGAAGGAUCUGGUGAGCUAAAAGAAGGGUCUUCUCAAUUGUCGACAUCAGUUGGAGAAAAGACUAAUAGUCAGGAUAGGCUUAGUGGUGGCUAUGAACCGGUUGUAACUAGAUAUGAAGCUGAUAAAAUUGACACCUCUGCUGCUUCAGCGUCUUUUUUUAUUCGAAGUGUUGAAGAGUGUGUCGAAGAAGAAAAAUUAGCAGCUUCCGGUCAAGGUAGAACAUCUCUAAAUGAAAGUCUAAGGAAAGACUCUGUCCAUGCUUCUAAUCCUUCUAAAAAAAGAUCCACUAGUCCAAAAAAAGACUCUGUCCGUGCCUCUAAGCCUUCUAAAGAAUCUGCUAAUCUAAAGACAGACUCUGUUUGUGCCUCUAAGCCUUCUGGAAUUGAUGAUUCUGUCAUUAAAGAUGACAAUUCGCAAGGGUCCCAUCUUCGUGCAAAAGAUCUCAAACUUGGCACAGUAGUUACGGCUAUAGUUCAUCAAAUUCGUACACAUGGUUUAGUCCUUGAUCUGGGUGGAGGACUUAAAGGAAUGUAUCGGUUUGAGAAAAAUAACAAGAAGGAAGUUGAGAUAGGUGAUGAGUUGAGAGUGCAGUGCAGUAGUUUUAGUAGCAAAGGAGUUCCAGUUAUGUCACUGGUGGAAGAUAAGUAAUACACCUGAUUAUAUGCAUGGAUUAUUUUCUGAUGAGGAGCAAGCAGGAAUUUUGCGUACAGAUCACUGUUUGAGUAAGAUUGAUAUACUGCACUCGAUAAAUGUUGUGAAGUUCAUUCCUGCUCAAUUAUUUGAUUAGAUCAUCUUUGACCGGUGUGUAGGCUGCUCAUUCACUAAAGUACCGUGUUGCUUCAGGGUGAUUGUGAGGCCCUUUGAUGGCUCCUUUGGAUGAAUAAGAGCAAUGAUUAAUGUUGGUAGCAACAUCUUCCAUGUCACUUCCAAGUAAAUGGUUUUCGAACUUCACCCAAAGUUGAAUGUCAAAGUGAGGCGUAAAAUAUAAAUCGUUCUUUUGAAUUCAAUAUUGAACAUUUAUCAUUGUUCUUAAAUUAAUCGCUCCAAGUACCAUUAAGCAAUGACAAUAAGGGCUGUAAAUUUGAUUUGUUGGUUAUGUUUUAGAUAAUAAAUGAAAAAUAGGUAGAUGGGCGUGAGUAUCUGCCUAUCUGAUUAGUUCA